ACGAACAGCCUCCCUCAUCAUCAUAUUCAAUUCAGAGCUGACCGGAACGAACGCAAAGGCUCGAGGACUCCGAGGAUGGCGAGCUUCGUGCUGCACCUCCCGGCGGCGACGGCGGCGACGAGCAGAUGGAGAAGCUUCUCCGUCUCCGCCACCGCCUCAUCGAACGGGGCUGUUCCGGGUCGGAGCCAAAGCGUCGGCCAAGGGAAAGGAGGGCCGGUGGUGGUGGAGCUGCCGCUGGACAAGAUCAGGAGGCCGCUGAUGCGGACGAGGGCGAACGAUCCGGUCAAGGUGAAGGACCUCAUGGACAGCAUCCAAGAGAUCGGGCUCCAAGUCCCUAUUGAUGUGCUCGAGGUCGAUGGAGUUUACUACGGCUUCUCUGGCUGUCAUCGCUACGAAGCUCAUCAGCGCCUUGGCCUCCCUAAGAUCCGCUGUAAAGUCCGGAAAGCGACGAAAGAAACGCUAAGGCAUCAUCUUCGCUGAGUUCGUGACAGAGACGUUCUCUGCGUUGGAGAGAUGAGUUCUCAGCUCAACGAGUGGCGCUGAAGUUAUUGGAUACGAGAUAUUGCACUUUAUACUGAUUGCUGCAAGUCCCCUUGGAUGUUAAUUAGCUUUUAGCUCUCUUGUAUCACAAGCUUUUGAGUAAUGAAGAAAGGGGUCUUGAUAAUGUUUA